AUGAUUAACGGGACAAAUAUCCAAGAUCGCUAUUCGAUAUAUUCUGAGAUAUUCGGUCUUGAGAGGCGUCAGAACUCAUUGGAAUACGAUAAUAACAGUAAUGGGACAUUUACACGUCAUUCAGGAUCGAGUUCGAGCACUUUGCCUGAUAAGAUUGAAGAUAUUCAAAGUUUAGGGGAUGUUGUAUCGGAGGAAGUAGCUAAUGAUUUGGUCUAUGACAAGCAGGACACUCAAAAGGAAGAUUAUAUUCUUUCUGAAAGAACUCACAUGAGAAACGUUUCGGAUACAACGAGUCUAAUGAGUAAAGACAGUACUCCUCAUAACAGUCCGGCGAAAAUUGGAAUGUCAUCGCCACCAGCAACAGUGGGGUUUAAAAAUAAUAGCAGUAAUUUUGGCCGUGAUCCUCCCCAACGACAACAUAUACCUUAUCCGCCAACUCCGACAGCAACUGACGAUGAUGAUAAUGGAUUUACAUCACCACCAUCAGCUACCUUAGCACAUGAGCAUCCCUUGACACAUGAUCAUACUAAUCAUAAUACUAAUCCGUAUGUGUCUACUGCCGACGGUGGUGUUAUUGAUGCUAUACCAGGGUCUUCUCUUCCUCCCGCUGCAUCUGAACCCGAUCCUUUGGAUGUAACACACAUGGCACCGGCGGUACCUCGAAUGAUUUCUGUACCACCGCGGGGACCAUCUGUAGCUCCAGCAGUACCAGCAUCUACUACCUCAGGAGCAUUCCAUCCUCCUCCUGUUACUACAACUGGUACUGCUCCGAGUAGUGCUGAUGUGAUACCUCAGAGAUCAAAGAGUGAAUUUGCCCCCAGAAGGACACCAUCAUUACCACAAUUAGCCAUUGCAGGUCUUAAAAAACAAGCUAGUUUCUCUAUGUCUAAUAGUGGUACACCUACUCAGACGAAGAAAUCACCUUUACAAGGAUUUGGUCUUUUUUCAAGACCUAAUUCAAAGGAGCUGCAUGAUAAUUUACAAAAUCAAUUUUCCAACCAGCAUUCUCAUUCGAGUCACAAUAAUAAUCAAUCGGGUGGUCCAAGGUCAAUGUCAUUGAAUUCGUCCACUCUCAAAAAUUUUGCAUCUUCCAUACAAUCAAAAACUAGUAGCGGCAGAAAGGUACCUCAAAAAUAUGAUAAUGCUACAAACCCAUUUUUAGAACACCAUGGACAUCAUAACUUUAAUUUUUAUGGUGGUGGCACUCAUGCAAGUACAAGCACGUUAGGUCAUAAUUCAACGGGCAAUCAAUACGGUCAGUCGUCCAUGGGAUUGGGGUUAAAGACAAGAAAUUCUUCAAACUCUUUAGCCUCUAAAAGAUUUGCAUCUACUUCGAGUAAUACUCUCAUACAGGAUCGCCGUAGCAGUGGGUCUUUGCCAUCUUCAAGACCUCUAUUGAGUGCUUCCACAAAGAGACCUCAAGUGUAUCCAGCAUUGUUAUCAAGAGUAGCAACUAAAUUCAAGGCGACUAUUCAAACUGACGCUCAUAAAAAAGAUGGGCUAAUCUACAGAGACGCAUUUACAGGUCAACAAGCUGUAGAUGCCAUAUGUACCAUCAUUCGAACUUCUGAUCGUAACUUGGCAUUAUUACUGGGGAGAUCAUUAGAUGCUCAAAAACUAUUUCACGAUGUGGUUUAUGAGCAUAGGUUACGAGAUUCACCUCAUGAAGUUUACGAAUUUACCGAUUCCUCAAGAGUUAUUGGUACAGGAACCACUGGAAUGGUGGCACAUGAUCCAAUGAUGAUGCUUCCGAGCUCUUCAAGUCAAGGUGUUAAUCCAAUGGCCUCUACUUCAACAAUUGUCACCUCUGGUUCAACUUCAUCCAUUGGUAGUGGUAAUGAUCAGGCAAGCACAAGUACAUUAACGAAUUACGGUGGUAGCAAUGGUAGUAGCAGUGCUCGUGCUGGUAGAGAUAGUAAACAUCAAGAUCCAGCCACUAUGCAUUCUGUUAAUGGUGUAUUUACACUUUUGACUGAAUGUUAUUCGCCAACAUGUACGAGAGAUGAAUUAUGUUAUUCCAUCUCAUGUCCGCGUAGACUUGAACAACAGGCAAGAUUGAAUUUGAAACCUAAUGGUGGAUUGAAACGCAACAUUUCAAUGGCGUUAGAUGAUGAUGAGGAGGAGAAACCAUCGUGGACAAGUUCAGUGUCUAGGGAAAUUGUGGAAAAGCUUUCUAAAAGAGAGAUCAAGAGGCAAGAAGCAAUUUAUGAAGUUUUCAUUACAGAGAAAAAUUUCGUGAAAUCCUUAGAAAUUACUAGAGACACGUUUAUGAAGACAUUAGCAGAAACUAACAUUAUUCCAGCUGACAUUAGGAAAAACUUCAUCAAGCACGUUUUUGCCCAUAUUAAUGACAUGUACUCUGUGAAUCGGAGAUUCUUAGAGGCAAUUUCUGAUAGACAAAAAGCAUCACCUGUGGUUAGGGGAGUUGGUGAUAUUAUGCUUCGAUUUAUCCCAUUUUUCGAACCAUUUGUUUCCUAUGUGGCCUCGAGACCUUAUGCGAAAUAUUUGAUUGAAACUCAAAGAUCAGUCAAUCCCUAUUUUGCAAGAUUCGACGAUGAUAUGAUGAGUUCUUCAUUGCGUCAUGGUAUUGACUCUUUUCUUUCACAGGGUGUUUCGAGACCAGGUCGUUACAUGUUGUUAGUUAGAGAAAUAAUCAAAUCAUCUGAUCAAGAGAAUGAUAAAAGAGAUUUAGAAGACUUGAAUAAAGCCAUGGAUGCAUUAAAGGACUUCAUGAAAAGAAUUGAUAGAGCCAGUGGUGUAGCCCAAGAUAGGCAUGACGUUAAAUUAUUGAAACAAAAGAUUCUAUUCAAAAAUGAAUACGUUAAUUUAGGAUUAAACGAUGAAAAACGUAAGAUUAAGCAUGAAGGUAUACUUUCAAGAAAGGAAUUGACGAAGUCUGAUGGGACUGUGGUAGGUGAUAUUCAAUUUUACCUAUUGGAUAACAUGUUAUUAUUCCUCAAGGCCAAAUCGGUUAACAAAUGGCAUCAACAAAAAGUUUUCCAAAGACCGAUACCAUUACCAUUAUUAUUCGCAUGUCCGGGGGAAGAUAUGCCUUCAUUAAGAAAAUUUAUUGGACAUAGCCCAGAUUGUUUUGGAUCUGUUCUCCAACCAGAUUUUGCUAUGAAUAAUCCAAAGAAUGCGGUAACCUUUUUAUACUAUGGUGCUAAACAAAGGUAUCAGGUUACAUUGUAUGCAGCACAACUAGCAGGUUUACAAACCCUUUUGGAAAAAAUUAAACAGGAACAACAAAGGAUUAUCAAUGAAACUGAAAUGUUUAAUGUCACCAAAAUUAGUGAUAGAUUUUUUGAUUACACUAACAAGAUUAACAGUGUUGCUUCGUGUGACGGUGGUAGAAAGCUUUUGAUUGCAACUAACUCUGGUCUAUAUGUGAGUAACAUCAGAAGACAGAGGAGUAAUGAUUCUGAAAAGAAAUCCACGUAUUUUUCUACACCGGUGCAACUAGUUCAAAGGAGUAACAUUAAUCAAAUUACGGUACUUGAAGAAUUUCAGUCCAUUCUAGUACUUGUGGAUAAAAAAUUGUACAGUUGUCCAAUGGCUAUAUUAAAGAUGGAAGGUAACGGAACCGUUUACUUUAAGAAACAUAGUAAAGAAUUGGUCAAUCAUGUUAAUUUUUUCUCCGAUGGUGAUUGUUCCGGUAAAAGGUUAAUCGUCACUGCACAUUCUUCGUCGCAUUCAAUUAAAUUCUUCGAACAUGAUCAUCCUUUACUAUCAGAAAGCGGAAGUGGUGGCAGUAGUGGUAAGAAGAGUCUCAAGAAAAAAAUUACAGAAGUAGUAUUUGAUAGUGAACCGGUAUCAAUAUCAUUUCUCAAGGAUUAUCUAUGCAUUGGUUGUAAGAAGGGUUUCCAAAUUGUUAGUGUUUCACAAAAUGCUCACGAGCCCUUAUUGGAUCCUGCUGAUACUUCAUUAGACUUUGCCCUAAGAGAUACAUUAAAACCAAUGGCAAUUUAUCGUGUUGGUAACAUGUUUUUAUUGUGUUACGCUGAAUUUGCAUUUUUCGUUAAUAAUCAAGGUUGGAGGAAAAAAGAUUCCCACAUCAUUCAUUGGGAAGGUGAACCGCAAAAAUUUGCCAUUUGGUAUCCUUACAUCUUAGCAUUUGACAAUAACUUCAUUGAAAUUAGAAAAAUCGAUACCGGUGAAUUAGUGAGCUCAGUCCUAGGUGAGAAAAUUCGUUUACUGCAGACAAGCUCACAAGAAAUAUUAUAUGUCUAUGAGGAUUCAAGAGGUUACGACACUGUAGCAUCAUUAGAUUUCUGGGGUUAG